ACGACAACUUUGACAUUGACAAUGACAGAGUGACAUAAAAAUCCUAUUAUUUCUCAGCAAUUAUGCAUAGUUUCAACAAAAAAUAAUGUUCACAAUAUGUUAAGUGAAUUAGGACGAACGUCAGAUUUAGUGCGGCAUAUUGGGCCGUAGUCCCCGCUUGGGGACGUCGGCCAUGGACGGCGCGACCAUGAACCACUACGAGAAACAGCUGUACACCGUGUUCAAAACGUUCGACGUAGAUAACGCGGAGGCGCUCGACAGGUCAGCCGUUCACGCGCUGUGCAACUCGUUGCAGCUGGAGGACCGCGGCGCCGCCCUCGUCGACACGCUGUUUGAGCGGCGCGCCGACCGCGUCACCUUCACGCAGUUCCGCAACGGGCUGCUGGCCGUACUCGGUGCCGACCCAGUCGCGCCGCGCGCCGCUCCUCCGGCACAACAGCCGCCCGACCCGCCGCCCAGCGACGAAGAUUCCUCCGGUUGUGAGGUCGCACCACAGAUAGUCUUCGGCUCCAAGAAGUACGGCCGCCGAUCACGCCCGCAACGCAGCUCCGAGGCGUCUCCCGGGCCACGAGCCGCCUCAGCCUCGCGGCUCGACACCGACGAUCAUCCUCAGCGGAACCGCAACGGAUUUGGUCGCAGUGCGUCCGCCAUGGAGGCGCGAGAUGUCGACCGUGAGGCCGGCACCGCGCCUUCUGAGCCGCCCGCCCUCGAUCCAGCGCGUCGAAUCGACCGAGACCAGGCUCUCGCGCUCUGCCGGGGCCUCAGUAUGGACGGGAUUGAUGGUCUCGUCGAUAGGAUAUUCGAGGAGGCCUCGUCUUCCGAUACAACCGUCGGUGAAUUCUUCGGGCAAUUGAACUCUGCACUCGCGACCACCAUAGAAGCAGCACGCGACGGGACAGUAGGUGGCGACGUCGAAGACGACGAGAACGGAUCCGGGGCGCCAGCCGAGCUGGUGGCGGAAGCUUGGGAGCGCGCGGGCGUGCCGCGCGGUCGCGCUCUUCUACACGAGCUCGGCUUCGAUGAUACAACGUUAAGGCCCGCGGAGCUAGAGCGCGCGCUCGACGACGAGCUGCUCGCGCUGCCCGCCGCCGCGCCCGAGCGCGCUCUGCUGCUGCUCGCGGCGCUCGAGGUGGCGCGCCUGCGGGCCUGCCUCGCACGGCGCCGAGCCGACGCCGCCACCGCCGAACGCGACAAGCUGCGCGCCGACGUUGCCGAGGCUAACGCCCGGGCACGUCUUCUCGCCCAGGAGGUGGAUGAGAGUCACGCAAGAUUAGAAACCGAAUUGAAGGCGAGUCUGCGUCGUGCCGAGCUCCGCCACGCUGAAGCGACGCGUGCCGCCGCCGCGGAAGCGGCUGCAGAGCGCGAGCGAGCCGCUGCCGUGGCCGCCCGCUUGGACACCGAAUUGGCGCGUCGGCUUGAAAUAGAAACGCGACUGAAGGGCGAGGCUAACGAGUUGCGAAACCGACUCGAGGAGAUGGAAGGAAGAGCUCAGGCCACCGAGGAACGGCUCGCGGUUGUCGAAAGGGAGCGCGCGCGACUAGCAACAGAAGCGCGAGCAGCACGGCGCGAAGGGGAGGGCGCUGAGGAGGGGGCACGGCGAACGGGAGGAGAACUGACAGCGCGACUGUCCGAACUUCAGCUGGAAAACAAGCUGUUGCGCGACCGUAACGACGAGCUAUGUGCCGCACUAGAGGCGAGCGAGCGGCGUGCCGGGACGGCGGGCGGGGGCGAGGGGUCUCCGGGCCGCGCCGCCGGGGACCUGUCCGCCGAGCUGGGCUCGCUGCUGGCGCCACACCGGGCCGAGGAAUGUGACUCGUCGCCAGUGAGCUUGGAUCAGAAAGUACUGGGACACGUGGAGGCGGUGACGAAGCUGCGCGAGAUGUUGGACGAGGUGCAGCGCCUCCCGGCGAGCGCGUGCGACGCGUGUGCCGCGCUGCGCGAGCGCAUGCAGCACCUCAGCGACGCGCUCAUCGUGCCGGACCCGCCCGCCGACACUGAGGACGACGCCGAGCAGCGGCAUCGGCAAGAGAAACAACGUCUCGAAUCUCUUGUAAAAGAGCUCGAGACGAGCUUGGAGCAGAUGAAGAGCGAGUACGACAGAUGCGAGGAGUACUGGAGCAACAAGUUGGAGGAGGAGCGCUCGAUCUACAGCGAGGAGCAGCGCGCCGGAGACGAGCGGCUCGCGGACCUCGUCAGCAAGAUACACGAGUACGAGCGACAGUUCGCCGGCGCCGCCGCGCUGCCCACCAUCGACGAGCGGCACAGCCUCGAGGCGCAGGUUACUGACUUGGAGGAAGAGUUCUCGCAAUACAAGCGUAUGAAGGAGGCAGAACUGGCGGAGCGCGACCGCGAGUUGGAGCGCCUGCGCGACCGCCUCGACGCGGCCGACAAACGCCGCGCCGCCGCCCCGCCCCCCGCGCAUGCGCCUGCGCCCGCCGACGCCGAGCCCGACACCACGCGCGUGGCGGCCGGCGGCGCGGGCGGCAGCGGUGUGACGACACCUGAGGUCCGUUCAUACACUCAGACACGAGGUGCCGGAGCGUCGCGCCGCCGCGCUGCCGCAGUAGUGAUGCACGAGAUGCGACGCGCACCACCCUUCGGUUAUUCAGGCUUUAUUCGAGUAGUAUAA